GGUAAAAUAGCUUGUAAUACUAGUUAUAAUAAAAAAGGGGAAAGGCCAUCUCAUUUUAAUAUAUUUCUUCUCCCCUCUUCCCUCUUCUUGUUCUUGGAGUUGUUGGUCUCCCCGGAGCUAAGGCCCCGCCUUUUGGCUCGUUCUCAGACUCACCACCUGCUCCAAGAAAAGCUUCCUGGGGGAGAUGGCGCGCACCGAGAAGGUUGCCGGCGGUGGCUGCUCCGGCGGCGAAGGCCACGUAGAGGUGGAGGUCGGCGUGGGGGUGGACGGCAAGGGGGUGAUUGAGUGCCGGAUAUGCCAGGAGGAGGGCGAGGAGGACGCCAUGGACUCACCCUGCGCCUGCACUGGCACGCUCAAGUUCGCCCACAGGAAAUGCAUACAGAGAUGGUGCAACAAGAAGGGGAAUAUUACAUGCGAAAUCUGCAACCAGGUCUACUCACCAAAUUAUGUCCUCCCUCCACCCAAAUGUUGUUCAGAUGAAAUGGACAUGGAUCUUAGGCAAAACUGGGUUGGAAGAAUCGAUACUCAUGAUGAUUCUCAUUUUUUAGCCAUUGCCAUCGCAGAGCAGCAGCUGCUGCAAGCUGAAUUUGAGGAUUGUGUAUCCGCAAGUUCUAGUGGUGUUACAUGCUGCCGAACCAUUGCUUUAAUUUUGAUGUUCCUUCUGCUUGUGCGCCAUGUAAUUGUCAUUGUGAGGGAUGUUAGCAUGCUACAAGAUGCAACAGUGCUGUUCAGUGCAACUCUUCAGUUUGCAGGAUUCUUUCUUCCCUGUUAUGUGAUAGCCCGUUCUUGCUAUGCUUUGCAACACCGCAGACGAAGACAGGUAUACUUCCUUUCCCAGAUACAAGAGAAAUUUAUGACUAACCUGUUCCAAAUCUGGUAAAAGCUGCUGGACUUUUGAACUUGGGCUUUUAUGACUUAGGGUAGUGGGUAUAUGAACAUUUGCUUCUCUGAAAUGUGAGCCAUAUUAUUCCAUGCUACAUGAAGCCAUGUUAUAUACAUCAUAAGAAAAUGUUCCAAAAUACAAAUCAGAGAAAGCAGGAACUGCAUUGUAUUUAUCAAGUUACCUUUAGCAUUAUUGUAUCAUUUAGAUCUAUUUGCAUGAAAUUUUUUCUGAGUUUUACCUGUAACCCUUGGUAAAAACAGCCUUCAAAUAUUCCUUAGGUAAUAUUCACUUAAAUCCAGUGUUGCUCGAUUGAACACCUCUGGUUCCAUUCAAACAGUCACUGCUUUCUGCUGUACAUGAAGAUGCAUGUUACUGUUUAUUUGUAGACAUACAUGGGCAAUAUAUCCCAGAAAGAAGGCUGUCUAACUUCUUGUUCUGGUUCUCU